GCGGCGGCGGCGGCGGCGGCGGCGGCGGCGGCGGCGAAGCCUGCGGCCUCCAAGCGAGCGGCGCCUCCCGCCGCCGCGCCGGCGCCGGCAGCGAAGAAGGCCAAGCCAAUGGAGGAGGCCAAGCCAGAGCCCAGCGCUGAGCCGGCCGCCUUUGCUGCCGCCAAGCGCUUCUCGGGUGCGAGGCGCGGCUGCGUCUUCAAGAAGGGGCCGCAGGGCCUCGGCUACUACCGCGAUGAGCCGCCUCGCCCCACGACUGCACCACGCGGCGCGGCGGCGGCUGCCCCCGCGGCGGGGGGCUGGCGCAAGCUGGGCGCGGGCAUUGAGUGCUUGGAGCUCUCCAAGGCGGCGCUGUCGGGACCGGGCGCCUCCAAAGGCGCCAAAGUCCGGGUGAAGUAUGCAGGCACCCUCACCACCGGCCGCCAGUUCGACGCGGGCCAGAUCUCUUUCAAGCUCGGCUCUGGAGAGGUGAUCAAGGGCUGGGACUUCGGCAUCGAGGGUAUGAAGGUUGGCCAGCGCCGCCGGCUGAAGAUUGCGCCACAGCUCGGGUAUGGCGCUCGCGGCGCGCCGCCCGACAUCCCGCCGAACGCCACGCUCCUCUUCGAGGUCGAGCUGCUCUCGCUGGGCGGCGGCAAGGGCGGCGGCAAGGGCGGCGGCAAGGGCGGCGGCAAGGGCGGCGGCAAGGGCGGCGGCAAGGGGCACGGGCGGCGUCGGUGAGCCGGGGACGUUGGACAGAUUGCCAGGAACGGUAUUGUGAAGGGUCGGGCAAUGUGGCAGGACUAGCUGUUGGGUCUCGAUCGUGUCAGCAGUCAGGUCGUCCCCAGGCAUGCAGAAAAAUAAGUGAAGGAAGGAAGUCCGGGAUAUGUGCGGGUGGAGUCGUGGAGACGAGAGGAGAGGCCCGCGCGCCACGCCAACGGGGGCCAACACGUUGGGCCAGGUACCAAUUUUGUCGAAUUUAUCCUCAAAAUC